AUGCGGUGCGACUUCGUCAGUGAAGCAGCACCUGUCGAGAGUGACGAGUCUCGGGAGUCGGUGGCCGAAAAAGGCUCUUCUGCUCACUAUCCUACAAUACCCGCGCUGCACGACCGACAUGUCAGGCCGACUCCCGUGCACCGGUUUGGCGCCAGCGCUGGUGCGGAUGCGAUGGCGGGGCGGGGGAAGAAGGAAAACAGUACGAGUGACACUCCUCUUUCCUUUCCUUCCAACAACGAUGCGCCGCCCCAUGUCGCUCGCUUCCAGCCGCUCGGGGAGCGUGGACAAACGAGAUUUCCAUCGCCGCGCGUGGCCGCGCUCGUCGUCCCCAACCGCGGCGCCGCGGGCCCCCAAGUGUACUCGCCGUUUGCAGAGGUAGAUGUGCUCAACACAAACGCACAAGCUCAGCUGAGCUCAGCGCGUGGCAUCGUUGAACGGCGUGGCGGGUGGUGCCAGCGCCCCUCGGGGCCCGCCGUGCCCCUCCCCGCGCCAACCGGGGUCGUGUCCACCAGCGCGCUGUCCCCGCACCUCGCCGACCUUGUCUCCGGCUUCGUCGGCGGCUUCGGCGCCGAAUACGAGCGCCUCGUCGCCGACCGCGCCACGGCCUACGCUCUUAGGGACGAAUAUGAGAACAAGGUCAACACCCAGAUAAACGAGCUCAACAUCAUCCGCCAAGCGCUGUACGAGCUGGAGGCGCAGCACGGCAAGCUCUGCACGCGCUAUGAGGAGGAGAUCGCGCACCUCCGCGCCGAGCUGCAGGCGUCGCGCAGCGCGGGGCCGGGUCUCGGCGGGCCGGGCAUCCCCGCCGACCGCGCCCGGGACGGCGACCGCGAGAGGGAGAGGGACCGCGGGGGCGUGCGCGACGCCAAGCGCCUCAGGCUGACCAAAGAGCACGACAGCCCGCACGCACUCUCUCGUACCGCCCCACCACCUAAGGUAUUCGACAUCCACGCUCGACAGACGUCACGUGGAAUUUCCCUUUUGGGCGCCGAGAGCCCCGGGCGCCCGAUGACGGCAGCAUCGACAUCGGCGCAUCGCUUACCCGACCACUCGCACCUCCCGCUCCCGCCGAUGCCGCUCCUCCGGUCUGGGGCCGCUUCUACUUCUGGGCUCGCGUUGAUGCCCGCGCCGGAACGGGAGAAAGAGACCGACAAGGAGCGCGGCGACCGCGAGCGUGACCGCGAGGAGGAGCCGUUCCCGGCGUGGGUCGACGGGCUGGACAUCGCGAGCCUCCCCGCGGACAUGAAGAAGGAGGGCGCGGACUGGUUCGCGGUGUGGAACCCAAGGAUUAGGCCGAGGAGGUUGGAGAGCGUGCAGCUGCUGCAUACGUUCGCGCAUGCGACCGUCGUCUGCUGUGUCCAGUUCUCCGCGGACGGGCGCUAUUUGGCGACGGGGUGUAACCGCUCGGCGCAGAUCUUCGAUGUGAAGACCGGCAGGAAGACGAGCGUGCUGGUGGACGACCCCGGACGGGCGGUUCUUGGCGAUGGGGGCGGAGGACCGGAAGAUACGGGUGAGUCGCCGCUUGUUCAAUUCUUCUGUUAUCUCUUCGUUCCUUCCUUGUGGUCGUCUCUCGCUCUCCUUCCCUUUUGCCAUGCCUCUGUUGUUCUUCCUCUGCAUCCACUCGAUGGUGACGGUCGGUACACGGGCCCGCCCGGCUCUUCCGAACUCCGCCCCGGCCUUGUCUGCGCGACAGCCACGCCCACUUCCCUCCUUUCGGCAUCCGUCCUCCCCGCCUUCGUUUGCCUUGGUUCUCGGAGGUUGUGCCAAGCUCGGUGCAGCAGUGUCGGGCGAUGUUGUCGGCGGCCCGCGGGCGUGUUUUCUUUCCUUAUUUAUCUUGCUUGCACCCGAGUCUUGACUAACCCGCCCCGCCCCGCAGAUCUGGGACAUCACCAAAGGCACCGUCGCCCAGAUCUUCUCGGGCCACACGCAAGAAAUAUAUUCCCUCGACUUCUCGCGCGACGGCCGGCGCAUCGUCUCCGGCUCGGGCGACCGGACCGCGCGCGUGUGGGACAUGGACGGGCGGGCCGCCGCUCAUCCUCGCCGUCGACGAGCCCGCGCCCUCGCCCGGCCGCCAGCCGCGACGGAACACGUGACGGCCAGGACGCAGGUGUCACGAGCGUCGCGCUGUCCCCGGAUGGAAGGUACGUCGCCGCGGGGUCGCUGGACAAUGUCGUCCGGAUCUGGGACGCGGAUAGCGGGGUGUUGUUGGAGCGCCUCCGCGGGCACCGGGACAGCGUGUACAGCGUGGUGUUCACCCCCGACGGGCGCGGCGUGAUCAGCGGGAGCCUCGACAGGACGCUCAAGUACUGGGACGUGUCCGCGCUCGCGGGCGGGGGCAAGGUGAAGAAGGAGGCGGGCGUCGCGCCGGAGGGCCGCGCGGUCUGCACGCGGGACUUCCUCGGGCACAAGGACUACGUGCUCUCCGUCGCGGUCUCGCACGACGCGCAGUGGAUUGUGUCCGGCUCGAAGGACCGCGGCGUGCAGUUCUGGGACCGCGCGGGCGCGGUGCACGCGCUCCUCCAGGGGCACAAGAACUCAGUCAUCUCGAUCGACCUCAGCCCCGCGGCGAACCUGCUCGCGACGGGCAGCGGGGACAGCUUGGCGCGGGUUGUGGAGCUAUGCAUAGGAGGAGGGUAUUUGGUGUAUGCCGUAUUGGAUUGGGAAUUGACUGACUGGAUAAUGCUAACAUCAGUAUAA